CAGCGCACAAGCAGUAUCCACAGGUAAAUCCUUUAGCCAGAGAAACCCUAUCUCUUACCAGAAUCAAUCCCCUCCUCAUCGGCGGCGCCCAUGGCCCCUUCCCGGAUCUCCUCAUCGGAGUCGGAGCGCCCUGUUGGGAGCUAUCGCUUCCACAUCCCCCGCCAACCACCACGCAUCCAAGCUGAGGGAGGCAAGCGCCACAUGAUCAUAGGUGACCGCCGCCAUGGGGGCACUGCACUUUGGCGCCGUGGCUCGAUGUUGCCGCCUUCACUUCCUCGUUGGGGUGUGGAAGAUGGCCAUGGGCAUGUGGAUGGAAGCAGCAGGCAACAUCCAUCGGAAUUGGGCUUCUCCUCUGCCCUUUCAGUGCCGAUAGGCGGGUGGAUCUGGAGGUUGGCGGCUGCACAAGCUCAUGGGGAAGUGAUUGAUGGUGGCCGAUGUGAAGAUGAAGCUGGCGAUCACAUGCAGCCACCUCCAGCAUCCUCUGCUUCUAUGGCAAUGUUGUCCGAAGAGCGGAUCUCAGCCUCAGGAAUUGUGGUGCGAGAACGGCAGCUGCAUGGAUACGGGGAGCGGCCCUUCCAGCCAUGUUUGGCAACCAUGGCAGCAAAGGGGACAGCAAGAGAGAUCUCAACUAAGAAAAUUGCCAAGAAGGAUCAUGGGGAAGUGGGUGAUCUCACUAUGGCUGUGCUGAUGCCCAGCUGGACCUCCACUGGCAACCACAGCAGUAGGAACCCCACCCGAUGCCUGGAACAGUUACCGGAGCCGUCGAAGCGGGCUCACAGCGAGGCGUAUGGCAACAUGCAGCUGGCUACUGGGGACCUCAUCGUUGGCCUCCACAAGCAGGCCACCAUCACUGUCCCCCCACCCAACAUUUCUGAGAUUGGUGGUCAUCUGACUGCACACAAGAAUAAUGAGAUGACUAUGGGCAAGGGAGUGCAGCACACCAUAGAUGUCUCCGUUGCCAAGGAGGCAACCCGCUCAUUGGUCAGCAGUGCCAGGCAGAGCAGGAGAGGGCCAUAUGAGUGCCGCAAGUGUGGAACGAUGUUCAGCAGUGGACAAGCACUUGGUUGGCACAUGAAGAGUCACAACUCAGACGAGCGAUGGGGUGACAAGAGGGUUCCCAGUGCCUUUGUUGGAUCAUUUUUAUCCCUUAUCACUCCAAUAGAUGUCAGUAAUGUUUCUGUUCCUAGCAGCCGCAACCCUCAUACAUCCUCCAUCCCCAACAAAGAGGAGGGGAGGGUGCUGGUGAUGGGGGCUGCACCUCUCAACGGCGUACCCAAGGGUAGUUUCCGUCUCUUUGGUGAAAACAUUGCUGAAGCUCCCAAGGAAGAACCAAUGGAGUAGGUUGUAUGCCAGUUAUUAAUUCAGAAAUGGCAAACUGAUAAUCAAAUCCUCUGUUUUUUUUUCAUUUUCCCUUGUGAUGUGCGGUGUGCACAACAAAGUUUGUUAGCUUAGGCCGAUUCAAUCGGAUCGUGGGAUGGCAUGUUCUGAGGGUAUCAUGAGUUGAGUCGCUGGGAAUGUGGGAUGGCAUGUUCCAAGUCUUGGCUGCUAUGGAGCUAUAUAAUUCACCUGUAAUUCAAUUAGAUUUUCCAGUUGGAGAAAUAGAGAAUAAAAUCAUCGAAACAGAGCUCUCUCUGCUGAUAUUGUUCAUAAUCUUGGAAGGUCUCCUGGGCUCGAUGCCCACAAUGUAAAUUAAGUUAGGAGAGCAUAUGAUUGAGGUCUGCUAGUGUUUUAGAGGCUUAAAGUUUGGAAUGGUGAUGGGGUGUUUCCGAGUUUUGUAUAAUUAACUAUUGGUAGUGCAGCAUCACAAACAUGUGAACUUAGAAAUAUCUGGGACAGACAAGGAGCAGCAAGACAAGGUGAGGAGGGAG